AUGAAUUUAAACAGUGGAAUUACAAUAUCUAUUGUCAAAUCGAAAACUAGUAUAUUGGAUAGAAAUUUAAGCAAAGGCAAAGGUGAAGUCAGUCUCAGCUGUUUUGCUUUAUUAUUUUCUGAAGUUGUACAGUAUUGUCAAAAUAGAGUAUUCACCGUACCAGAACUUCAAAAUAAAUUGUCUGAAAUUGGAUAUGAUAUCGGGACAAAAUUUAUCGAUAUACUUAUGGUUCGCGAAAAAAAUUACAAAAGAGAAAUUAAAUUGUUAAAUAUAUUACUAUUUAUUAAAUCUACAUUGUGGAAAAAUCUUUUCGGAUAUGAAGCUGAUAAGUUAGAAUUGGCAAAUGAUGAUGACAAAGUGUAUUAUAUUAUUGAAAAAGAACCUUUGGUAAAUAAAUUUAUAUCAGUGCCUAAAGAUAAAGGGAGUCUCAACUGUGCUGUUUUUACAGCUGGUAUCAUUGAAGCGGUUUUAUGUGGAAGUGGAUUCCCGGCAAAAGUAACAGGACACUGGCACAAAGGAACUACCUACAUGAUUAAAUUUGAUGAACAAGUUGUGGCUAGAGAGAAGCAAUUAGAUGAAAGAUAA